AUUAGUCAACCAAGAUCAUCACGUAUUUCCUGAUCUUUGUUAAAGUGCUAUAUGAGGUAUCCCGAGUCUAAGCAAAUUUGACAAAAUCAUGUAGAUCUAUGCUCUAAAAAAGGUUAUGCCCAGAUCAAAGAUUUUAACCCAAAACUGUAAUCCUUCAGAUGAAACCUGGGAGAACAUUCUUCAAGAUCCAGUGCUAGGCAAGGAGUUCUCUGGUUUGACUUCAAAGCGUUGCAGGCAUGGAUGGAAAGAAAUGCAGCGUCUGGAUGUUUUUGCCUCUUGUAUUUACCUUGUUUACUUCAGCCGGACUGUGGAUCGUAUACUUUAUAGCUGUGGAAGAUGACAAAAUUUUCCCACUAAAUUCGGAGGAAAGGAAGCCUGGCGUGAAGCAUGCCCCAUAUAUAAGUAUUGCAGGUGAUGAACCUCCUGCCAGCUGCGUGUUUAGUCAGGUGAUGAACAUGGCAGCGUUUCUAGCCCUUGUGGUAGCAGUCCUACGCUUCAUACAGUUGAAACCAAAGGUUUUAAAUCCGUGGCUGAAUAUUAGUGGAUUGGUGGCACUUUGUCUGGCUUCCUUUGGAAUGACCUUACUUGGUAAUUUUCAGCUCACGAAUGAUGAAGAAAUCCACAAUGUUGGGACUUCCUUGACCUUUGGAUUUGGCACGUUGACCUGUUGGAUCCAGGCUGCAUUGACACUCAAAGUCAACAUCAAGAAUGAAGGACGGAAAGUUGGAAUUCCAAGAGUGAUUCUGUCCGCAUCUAUCACUCUCUGUGUAGUCCUCUACUUCAUCCUCAUGGCCCAAGGCAUCCACAUGUACGCGGCCAGGAUCCAGUGGGGCCUGGUCAUGUGCUUCCUGUCGUACUUUGGCACCUUUGCUGUGGAGUUCCGGCAUUAUCGCUAUGAGAUUGUUUGCUCUGAGUACCAGGAGAAUUUCCUAAGCUUCUCAGAAAGCCUGUCCGAAGCUUCAGAAUAUCAAACCGACCAGGUGUAACCCAUCAGCUUGCCCUUGCUGUUGAGGUGGGUGUGACCGUGGGGGUGGGACCAGCCGGGCACACUCACUGGACUUGAUACAUGACCUCAUGGCUCAUUCUUCACACACACAUACACACACCAUGCAUCAGUCUGUGGCCACAUUUGCCAAAUGAGUUUUUCAGGGCGAGUUAUUUCUCUAACGGAAAAGCACAAGCCCUUGUGUGUCGAAAUACAUGCUGUUGAACUGAAAAUAUAUGCACGAUCAAGCAAGAAGCUUGUGCAUGAUCAUGUCUCUUUCCCUUGCUCGUCUGCACAUUUCAGACACCGUGUUCUCCCUGCCGUAGAGCAGGGUAGGCCAAAUGUAACCUGGAAUAAUACCAACUCCCAAAGUUGCCUUCAGGUCCAGAGAGCUUGGGACCAGCGCCUUGGGAAGUUCAGAAUCUAGCGCUGAUAAUCUUGAAUGGAAAAUCAGGUAGCAUCGACUUGGCUGGAAACCAGAGAGAGGUGACCUUGUGGACACUGUGGAAAGGAAUGGGACCGAAGGAGAACUUUCCCGGGACAUCUCACUUUCACCUUGAUUUGACCUCGUUCAGUGGGGGGACGUGGGGUGCUGUGUGAAGUCCGCAAAAGGCACACGCUACCAACUUUCAGAGGAUCGAAGCCCACUACCGUGAUUUGGAUUCAAUCCAUUGUGACUGAAAACUGUGCCGCAGUGUGAAUGUGUGCCAGGCUAUGAUCGGCCAACAUGGGGCAGCAAACAUAAGGGUUAGUAGUUACUUCUAUCAUAAUGCCAUGUACAGAUCAUUGUUGGCUGUUUUUAUUAUUUCAUAGUUUACCUUUUUUUUGGUCCUUUUUGUUUUUUAAGGCACUCCCAUGGGUCUCUCCGGGCUUCAUGAGCAAAGAAUAGAUAGACCAAAUGCAAGAGCCAAACUAGCUUUGGGCUCAACCUUGAGAUCAAAGAAAAAACACCUUCAGGCUUUAUUUGCUGACUUCAUGUUUGAAGCUUAGAAAAUAUACAGAAAGGAGCGCAAGGAAAUCUAUUUGGAAGAAAUAAAAUGAGCUCCAGCCAGACACGUAUGAAAGAUGGGGCUUGUAGAGCAUCUUGCCACAGGUCCAGAUCAGGGGCCUUUCCUUCAACAUGUAUCUGUUGUUCAGCUA